AUGUUAGGGAGCUUAUUCGGUUGGGUCUCGCUCCUUUUUGAGCCACUGGCCUUUCAAGUUCCUCUAAUCGAACCUCAACCCAGACUCAAGUCAGAAAAUGGUAUAGCUAUUCCCGUACAGGGCCCCUGGCAAGAUAUCAUCACCGGUCAUUAUGCCGUUCCUCCCGUAUUGAAAAUUCAUGACCGGAACAGUGUGGUCAAAUGGAGUUGGCAGCGAGAAGAUGUCACUCAACCUCUGCCUCCUCUGAUUCGGAGUGGUUUAUAUAGCGGUUACAACGAUGCGACCGAUAUGAAGUGGAUGCGAGGCGGGAGAAGCGUGGCUGCCGUCUACAGUGCUCUCGUUGUCGUUAUCAAUCACACUCCCGAUCAACCCUCCACCGAUAAGAAAAUCACCUUCGCCCUCAACAGAGCCAAUGAUGUCCUACACAAUGCCCAUACUAUCGAACCUUUACCCGGUGAUCGACUCGCCGUCGGAACUACCGGACAGCGACCUUGGGAUGGCAUUUUGGUCUACAACAUGAGCGAGGCUCUCCCCCUUGUGGAUGAACCUCCCGUCUUGCAAAAGAUCGAAGGUCUCCGGGCCAUCCACGCCAUGAUCUGGGAUGAACAGGGUCAGAUGUUGUGGGCGACCGGCACCGAUGCUGCCGCCGAUGGUUCCGAUCCCGUUCCCGCCUACGGUGUCAUACAGGGAUACCCUUUUGAUGCGGAGACCGGUCUGCUCAGCAUCGAUGAACUGGUGGGCCGGUCCCAUGAUCUCGUCCCCAUCCCCAACGAACGGGUCUUGCUCGUCUCCAACGAUAUCGGUCUCCACGCCUUCGAUAUCGAUGAAAUGAAUUUCACCGCCGAAUACGAUGAAGUCGUGGAGAAAUAUAUGCCCGGCUUCGAGGUCACCACCAACGAUCGGCACGGGAUCAACCGCCAGGGAGAAUACGUGGAGUUGCCGCAGUCGGACCUCAAGGGCUUCAGUCUCGCCCCCGAUGGAAGCUUCCUAUACACCCAGUCUCUAUGGCGACUAUUCCGUGGGAACUAUACCAGUCUUGUGGUCGACGGUGUGCGUCACCAGAUCAUGAAAGGGAAUGAAAUCUAUCGGUCGCGAUGGUUCGGAGACAUUGAUGGCUGGCCCAAACCAAAGACAUAG